CCUCAUCUCAAACACACUUAACAAAUAUUCUUCUUCUUAAUUUCCACUUUCUCACCUAAUUUCUAAGCUUUCCUUCUAUUUUGUUGUCUUACUUUUUGAGCAAAAUGGAAUUUGAGGAGCCAAUAUUGAGAUUAAACAUAAGAGACCACCACCACCACAACAAGACUAAGAUCUAUAAUAAUAAUCUUGGAAGUAGUUCUAGCGUUAGUGCUUCCUCUGUUGCUUCACAUGAAGAUUUGGUGAGUAGAAUUGAGUCAUUUCAUGUGAGAGAAAAGGGUAAUAUUUCUAAGAGUGAAUCUGCUGAAAAGAAACUUUCAUGGUUGCGUUCUCAGAUCGUUGGUGAAAAUGCCGAUUUUGAUACGCCAUUUGGAAAACGUAGGCUUACUUAUGCUGAUCACACGGCCUCCGGAAGAGGCCUUCACUACAUCGAAAACUACAUCAUCAAUAAUGUCCUUCCUUUCUAUGGCAACAGUCACACUAGUGACAGCCAUGUAGGGUACCAAACAACAAAAUUGGUGCAUGAAGCAGCAGCUUAUGUGAAGAAAUGUGUAGGAGGAGGAGAUGAAGAUGCAAUUAUAUUCUGUGGUUCUGGUUCUACUGCUGCCAUUAAAAGACUUCAAGAAGUCAUGGCCAUUUCCGUCCCUUCCAUUCUAAGAGAUAAAAUACUCACAAAAUGCUUUCGUAACGAAACCAAAGAGAGAUGGGUUGUAUUUGUUGGACCCUAUGAACAUCACUCUAACAUCCUUUCCUGGAGACAAAGUUUAGCUGAGGUUGUGGAGAUUGGAUUGGACGAAAAUGGUCUUGUCGACAUGGAAUCCUUGAGGGAUCAACUUGAGUUCUAUAAGACUACAAAUAGGCCAAUGUUGGGCUCAUUCUCAGCUUGUAGUAAUGUCACUGGAACUUAUUCUGAUACUAGAGCCAUCGCUCGUCUUCUUCACAAAAAUGGAGCUUUUGCUUGCUUUGAUUUCGCAGCAAGUGCCCCGUAUGCAAAGAUAGAGAUGAGAUCAGGAGAAAUAGAUGGGUAUGAUGCUGUUUUUAUUAGUCCUCAUAAGUUUCUUGGUGGGCCAGGCACACCUGGAAUUCUUGUAAUGAACAAAGCACUCUAUCGAUUGAGGACCUCACCUCCAUCUACUUGUGGUGGUGGUACUGUUGAUUUUGUCAACCCUUACAAUGAAAAGUUUUAUUCAAAGUGUUGUGGUGGAAGUAAGAAGGUUAUGGUCAAAAGAGUUUAUGUCUGUGAAAGUCUUAUGGAAGAAUCAUGCCAUUGAAGAAGUUACAUGGGAGUCAAAAAAGGAUAUGAGACUCAAGUAUCCUCACUUGUUUCAGCUUUCAG